GAAACGAAACUCCCUUGAUUGUAUCGCGUAGAGACGUCCGAAAAUUUGAUAGUUUUGAUAAAAUGGCGGCGGAGGUGGCUGGUGCGGGUGAAGCGGGUGUAAGCAAUGCCGAAAUAGUGAGAGGACAAACGUUUGAAGUCGGACCCAGAUAUACUAAUCUAGCUUACAUUGGAGAAGGAGCUUAUGGAAUGGUCGUAUCAGCAUAUGACAAUGUGACAAAGACGAAGGUGGCCAUCAAAAAGAUUUCGCCGUUCGAGCAUCAGACAUAUUGCCAGAGGACAUUGCGAGAAAUCAAAAUCCUUACGAGGUUUAAGCAUGAAAAUAUAAUUGACAUCAGAGAUAUUUUACGAGCCCCGACGAUUGACCAAAUGAAAGAUGUGUACAUAGUGCAGUGUCUAAUGGAAACUGAUCUAUACAAGCUUUUGAAGACGCAGAGGCUAAGCAACGACCACAUCUGCUACUUCUUGUACCAGAUCCUGCGAGGUCUCAAGUACAUCCACUCGGCCAACGUGUUACACAGGGAUCUCAAACCCAGCAACUUGCUGCUCAAUACCACCUGCGACCUCAAGAUUUGUGACUUUGGCCUAGCCAGAGUGGCCGACCCAGACCAUGACCACACUGGCUUCCUCACAGAGUACGUCGCGACCAGGUGGUACCGAGCUCCGGAGAUCAUGCUUAACUCCAAGGGUUACACCAAGUCAAUAGACAUCUGGAGUGUGGGCUGCAUCCUGGCGGAGAUGUUGAGCAACCGGCCGAUCUUCCCCGGCAAACACUACCUGGACCAGCUGAACCACAUCCUGGGAGUCCUCGGGUCGCCCACACAGGAGGACCUAGAGUGCAUCAUCAAUGAGAAGGCGAGGAGCUACCUGCAGUCGCUGCCGUUCAAGCCCAAGGUGCCGUGGACCCGGUUGUACCCCAACGCCGACACCAAGGCGCUGGAUCUGCUUGAUAAGAUGUUGACUUUCAACCCUCAUAACAGGAUUGUGGUGGAGGACGCACUCGCUCAUCCCUACCUGGAGCAGUACUACGACCCUGCUGAUGAGCCUGUAGCUGAAGAACCGUUCAGGUUUUCCAUGGAGUUGGAUGAUUUGCCCAAGGAAACACUGAAGCAGUACAUUUUUGAGGAAACAGUUGCUUUCAAACAGAUGGACCCAAACAUCUAGUGUGACUUAAGGUGGUCACAUACUCCAUUGGCUGUUACCCCUCUUACCCCUUGUUGCUGUUAAUCCACCGGACUCUACGUGUAUAGUGUAAUUUUCAAUAUCGUUACAUAGCUUCUGUAUUUUUUAUCUUGACCCCUUCCCAUUUACAGUCAGUGAUUUUCAAUGGCCUAAUAAAAGAUUUUUCAGCAAAAGACUUUCAAAGUGGUUUGGUCUUGUGUUUAGUUUAUUGAAUCACAUUCCUGGUAGCAGUAGAUAUUGGAGUGUGAACUGAAGGUAAAUCAAGAACUAACAGAUUACUCGCUUUGAGUGGUUCCAAAGUUUUGAGAACUGGAGUGUCAAAUCUUUUACGAGUUUGAUUAUUGUGAGUUUUUCUCAAGUAAAUUGUGGUUUUUGCUGGUAGAAAAUCAUACACAUUGGAUAAAUUUGUGUCAUAGGUGUCCCCAAAAAUAUAAUUUGUACUAUCUAUUUUCUAACUAUAAUUCCAGUUGAAUUUUAUUUUUUUUUAUUUUGUCAAUAUGCUAUGCCCAAUUCCCUGUAAUCACUCUGGUUUUUUCCCGGUCAUAUCAGUUCUUAUUAAUCAGCUGUUAUCUACUGGUAAAAACUAAAUUAUUUUAAUUUGAACCCAACACAGCUUUUAAUCUCUCAUAGAUGAACAUUUCUUUAUUCUUAAAAUAAAAUAUGAUCAAAAACACUGUCGCAGAUAAGGGGUCAACUAUUUUUCGGGACACCUAGCUAUUUAAACCAUCGUACAAGGUUUGAGUAGUUAAUUGUAUGCAUACAGUAAUUUUAUAAUGUAACAUAACAUAACAGAUAAUUUGGUAUUUUAUUCUGUCUAUAUUUUAUCUUGUUUACAAAUUGUUUUUGUUCUACAAAUUGACAUCACUAAAAUUGUUAUAAUCUUAUAUUACUCUUGUAUCUUUCAGUUUUAUUACACAAAUCAAAACAAAAAUAUUUGUUUUUGUUCUGAACCAAAGUAUUUUUGUCAAUAUAGAUCACAUACUGUUUCAAUAUUGUUUUAAAUUUUUACUGGGACCAAAUUUUAAUCCCUCAAAAAUAUUGGAUAACGCCAUCUAUAUCAUACUCGUUAUUUUUCAACACCUAAUGAUUUGAGAAUCCAAGUCAAAGCAAUAUGUGUUAAAGUUGCAAUGAAUGAAAUUCUUCCAGGAUGAAAUCUUGCUUGGAAUCAGUCUGAGAAAUACCGAGGCAAUCAUUGUAUAAAUGUGUAUAUUUAGUAUGUACAUUGCCUGUAAGAAGAAAUGAUAGCAAGAAUUGUAGACAGGGCUAUUUAUUUGUAUUUGUUACGAUAGUUUUAGAUAUUUUAGUAUACUGUAUUUGUUAGUUUAUGUAUACAAUACAAAUAUCCAUAGACAUUUUAUGAAACAGUCUUUCCUUGUUUCCCUUUUUAUUUUUUAGCCUUUUAAACGGAGCUUGUGUUUAAUGUUAUAAUUAUUAAGCGGAGGUUAUGGUGUUUUCUAUAGGAAGAUUGUAUGCAUGCGUGUCGUCAGAAGAGUGUUCUCUAAUGUUGGUUUAUUUAAGAUAUUUUGAUGUUUGCACCCUUAUUGGCGUUGUGGAAAUAUGAAAAGCAAUUCAUUAUGGAAAGAAUACAUGUACUUAGUCAUGUGAUGUAAACUUAGCUUUUUACAAUGGUUGAAGAAAUUUUUAAGUAAGAAAACAAUUGUUUAUUAUAUUUUCGUUGCGCUAAAUGAUUUUUGUUUUGGAGUCUCUUUACCAUUUGGAGUUUUUCUUUGAAAAUUAAAACACAACUUAUAUGCACAAAUGAAAUUUAAUAUUUUAAUUUAGGUUGGUUUUAGUGUAAAAAAUUGUAAUACUACGAGAAAUUUAGCCUUUUAAUCUUAAGAUCCAGUAGCAGGUUAAAACUGUGUUUAACACUUGAACCACCAUCUUGAAAUCAGCACUUGUAACAACUUCAGUUUCCGAUAGAAAUAAUGUAGUCUUAGAAUUUAUGGUGACAUUUAUCGCAUACAGUAUCAUGUAUUUAAGUAGAAAGCGUAAUAGAUUAGAACAACAGGAAAUAAUAGUGUAGAAUCACUGGAAAUAUUUUAACAUAUAACUGUUAUACCUAAUGUAAUAGUUAUUUUUCUACGCAUUCAGUAACGCCUAAAUUUCUGAUUAGCACGAAUAAAUGUAUCACGUAAUUUUACACACUUAAAUUUAUAUCUACUGCAUUUUAAAGUGUUAUUAAUUACAAUACUAAACCUGGUAUGUACUAGUUUGUUGAUUAGUAAGACUAAUACUCUCAAAAACUUUGCCUUCUGGUAAAUUGUUAUAACUGACAUCUCACACAAGUGCAUUGGUAUCCCGUGUAGCUAACUUUAAGAUAUUCUGGAUUGUGAACGAGUAUUUGGAUUCGUAGUCACUUGUUUGGUAGUUUAUGGUAGAAAUAUUCUCUUGUUUUUAAAUGUAACAGUUUGCUUGAUACAAUAAAAUAUUAAUGAUAUUUAAAAACCCAAAUUCAAAUUUUUAAAACAACUAAAAAAUGUUUAGGCACUAUUAGAAAAAAAAUUGAAAAUUAAAAUUGAAAAAAAAAUUAUGAUAUUAUUACUGUUUUUAAUACAAAUCACCCCCACGCAUCCUCUGAAUAUCAUAAGCAUUCCGUCAUCGGUUAUACACCUAAACUAGUGACGCCAGAUAUAUAAACAAACUGUAAUUGAUUACCAAAUUUAGGCCAAUAAAUAAGGUUUAACACAGAGGAUACACUCCAUGAUACGGUAGUCGCAGCUAGUCUGGGCGCGCAGCCGUGCUAUGGUGGGGGGUGUAGAGGGGACUGUUUUUGCUCAUUUCCAAAAGCAUCUGGCCCACACGGCAAGCAGUCAGUGCAGCGGCUGAGGGUUGUGCUGUGGGGGUGAGUGAGCCUAAUUCUCAAGACGCUAGUACACAAGGGUCCGCGCGCCCAGACUAGCUGCGACUACUGUACACUUAAGUGGUGUCUAGCACUAGUGUUGGUGUCUAGAGCAAAGUCCUGCGCCGCCCCCUCGUCAUCAUGUACUACAACACUCAUGGUGUGGAAGGCCUUGUGCUAUGUGCAAUAGGAAUUUCCGCACAGUGCUUGCUAUUCGGGUAUAUUCCAUGCUAUUUUAUGCUAUUUUUACAAUUAUAUUUCUACCCCAACAUACCAUUGCUGAAAGUACACGGUUGUCCCAUAAGCUUGUUCCCUCUGUACCAUACUUCUUUGCAGGUUAAAGAAUUUGAGCUUCAAGAUUUAUUAUUUUAGUUUUGGUUUUAACAACGACUAAGACAAUGGUUCAUGUAAUAGUUAGCAUAUGAUUUUUUUCCCCACAAGUAACUACGGAUCUUGAAAUACAUAAGCACUGAAAUCAACUAAUUUCUUUACCCUCACUAAUUUGAGCUUAGUUAUUUAUUUCUCGAGGUUCAGUUUCAAUGAUUAGAAUUAACAAUAUUGUUGCUUUGCGAUUUUUUAAAUUUAUUUUCAAAAAACUAUCCCCUAUUCAUUCCAACUAGGUAAAAAUAUUUUAUUCCAAAAUUCUAGUCACUUGUAUUCUAUUCCAGUUGUUAUUCUCUUACACUUUACUAGUACCCCACCGUUAUUGAUGGUAGCAAUGUUAAUUUUCAACUCGUCAAAUUAACAAUUAAAAACUUGUACACAGCAACGUAUUUUUCAGUUCGAGCAUCCUAUUUACAAGCAUGUUCGUUGGUUUGUGUAUAUUUUCUUGUGUACAUUUCAAGUUCUUCUAUGGUAUAGUAAUUGUAUAAAUUAGCGAAUUACAUUGGUGUUACUUUAAACAUUUUCUCUCAAAGAAAUGUGACUUUAUUAUAAACAUAUUAUGUAAAGUAAGUGUAUUUUUAUGGUUAUCACUCAUUAUACAUCAAAUGUUAAACAGUGUGUGGGAACUUUGUAAGAUUGGAAUAAGGACACUUUUAACAGGGUUUUACUGGUAGCAAGAUUUUGUAGGUUAGACUUCAGAUCAUGCUUAAAAGAGCUGAAACCCUAAACUGAACUUUUAUCAUUAAGAUGUAAGAGGAUUCUACCAGGUUUAUGGUUAUGUUAAAAAUAAGUUUAAGAUAUAAAUAUCUUAAGAUUAAAUUUUUAUCAAAAUUUAGUUUGGACAUCAUCGAUUUUAAUAGGUUUUUACCCAGUCAAGAUUAAUACUUCAUAUUCCAACCCUACAAAAGUUUCUGCACACUGGUUAGCCACUAGUUGUUGUUAAUGUUAUAAGAUACAUAUUAGCAUCAAUUUUACAUUUUUACAUGAUACAAGACAUAUGUGUGUUUUAAUGAGUAGUAUUUGCUAUUCAUGUCAUUUUUGUCUGCCAGAAGUUAUGGAAGUGAGAAAUUAUUGCAGUAAAAUCUCAGGUUUAUUUUUGUUUGUAGUAAAAAGUCAGAUAUUAUAUUUCAGAACGGAUUCUCGUAUAGGAAGAUCAUUAUUACCUCCUUUUACAACUAUUAUGACUAUUGCCAACUUUAAAUGUUUUCAAUUUUUUUAAUUCUUUAGAGAUUUUACUGUAAUUAGCAGAUUCUUUUCAAAGCACAAAAAACAACAACUUCUAUUCACUUUGGUUUAACUUCAUUAUGUGAUAGUUUUGGCCUAAAAUGCUAACAUUGGAAACAGCUCAUUUCUCAUAGCAAGUUAAGACUGACAAAAAAUUUAUUUUAAAUUAUAUAACUUGCAACUUUUUCAAUUUGAUUUGACAUUUUACAUUACGUUGGUAACAUUGCAUUAAUUACCCCUCUAAAAGAUUUAAUGACAGUUUCAUAGUGUUGAUUUUUAUAAAUCUGCAGGGUUAGUAAGAUGUAAAAAUCGUUACAGUUGUUAACUAAGGCUUCAUCAUUUAGCGUAGAUUUUCCUCCCAGGUGUAUACAACAUGUAGUCACAUCAAACAGUUACGUUUUCCUGUUCAGUAUUAUUACGGUAAACAUUUAUAAAUAUCAAUCUUACGAACUCAUUGUUGUGCUAUUAACUGUGUUAAAAUCACUUUUUUUAUUAAAUAUUAAGUGGAAA